CGCCUAGGCUCAAUUAGGCGCUAGGCGGUGGAGGAUCGCCUUGACUUGGCCAUAGGAGUUGUAAAAGGCGCUGGUAGCGCUUAGUAGGUAGGAAUAGCGCUUAGUUUGCGCCUAGUGGAGAGAAGGCGUGCCUGGCCGUUCCUGGGCGAGCUUAGGCGGUUAAACCCAAUACUCUUCGUUUUGUCCUAGAAAAUCAGAAACUUGCCUCUUGCCCUAGAAAAUCAGAAACACGGGAAGUAACAUCUGCUGCCGCCUGCCGCCCUAGCUCUCGCCACAUCUACUACCGCCUGCCGCCCUAGCUCUCGCCCCAUUUGCUGCUCUCUGCCGCCGCAGGAGAAAGUCAUCGAUCACUCUUCUCGCCUUCACACUGCUCCGCUGCUAUAGUGGAAAAUAAAGUCGAAAUUCGUCAAUUGCUCCUCCUUCCUUCUCCUCGGUACGUAGCACAAGCUUCUUGCCUCUAUAAGCACCUAUUAGCAUAUGAUUGGUCACUAUUUUGCUUGUUAUUUGUUAUGUUAAGUGUUUACUGUUAAGAACUAUGCAUUGCUAAUUUUAUAUGCACUUGGAUUGUAUGAAUUAUUCAAGAAAACAGGAAAUAUUUGAGAAUUUUUCCAUUUAUACUCUGAACGCUUAGGCGCGCCUAAUCGGGCAAGGCGCAAGUCAGGAGCCGAGCGCCUGCCUUACGCCUAGCGCCUUUUAGAACCUUGCGUUAUACUACAAUUUCAAAUUGUACAUUAAAUCACCAAUACUUUAUAACAUAAUAAAAUUGCUCCAUAAAAAAUCAAACAACAACCUUGCGUUGGGACUUGGGACAAAGACCGAGCAAGCAAACAAUGAAUGAAUAAAGCAAUCGAGCAGCAUACAGACACCUCGAAUGAAUAAAGCGAAAUGAAUUAUUGGGUCCUAUCUUCGAACUCCAAUAUAUAAAUGGCAUUUUUCAUUUGAGUCAAAACCAAGUAGUUAAGUGGGUACGCUAAAUACAUGGAAAUGGAGAGAGAUAGUGGUAAGAAGCAUUUCGUGUUGGUUCAUACAGCCUGCCACGGCGCAUGGGUUUGGUACAAGCUGAAACCGCUGCUUGAAGCCGCCGGCGGGCACAAGGUGAGUGCCAUCGAUCUGGCAGCGAGUGGAGUGGACCCGCGGACUAUCGAAGAAAUCAGGUCGGUGGAAGAGUACUUGGAGCCCUUGCUGAAGCUGCUGGAAUCUCUUCCCGAAGGAGAGAAGGUGAUUCUGGUCGGAGAGAGCUACGGUGGGAUUAAUGUCACCAUCGCCGCCGACAAGUUCCCGCAAAGGAUUGCGGCCGCAGUCUACGUUAAUGCACUCAUGCCUGACACCCAACACAAGCCGUCUUAUGUUCUGGAUACGUGGGUGGAGAAGUUCUUUUCUGAUUGGAAAGACUGCGAGUUCUCUUCAUACAAAAUUGGAAAUGAGACGAUAGCAUCAGUCAAGAUUGGGCAUGAGCUUAUGAAGCAGAGCAUCUACCAAAACUCCCCUCUUGAGGAUUAUGAACUGGCGAGGAUGUUGACAAGGAAAGGGUCAUUCUUUCAAGAUGAUUUGGCUAAAAGGAACAACUUCACAGAGCAAGGAUAUGGUUCAGUGAAGAGAAUCUACAUCUAUGGUGAAGAAGACUUGAUCCUAACCAAAGAGUUUCAGUUGUGGCAGAUCGAGAACUUUAAGCCAGACAAGGUCUAUGUCAUUGCUGGAGGAGACCAUAAACUCAUGUUCUGCAAAACAAAAGAGUUGCUCAACUGUCUCCUCGAAAUUGCAGCAGCUUAUUAAUAAGUCGAACGACUCUUCACGGGUCCAUCGAUUGAGUAUCCCUACAAAUAAAUGCUUUUGUGUAAUAUGUAUGCGUGCCCAAGCUGGUGGCUAUAUGCAUGGGAUGCUAGUGGAACAAGGUUGGAAGAAGAAGAAGGCAGAUAGAUGGUAACAUGUUGAAAUGUUGUGUUGCAGCAUCUUUGCAUUCUAAGACAUUCUCUAUUUAUUUAAGUUAAUGCAUUUGCUCACCAUUUUUUUUUUAUAAAGAUGACAUAGUGUUUGUAUUAUUAUUAAUAAUUAGGACUACGAGGGUGUUAUUACUAACCUGAUCCGUAGUUGUUUACCUUCUUAAACCCUUUGAUGCCUCUUCAAUUUCUGUCAUCAUACCUCGAAACCAUCCCACCUAACUGAAACGUGCAUGUAACUAUAUAUACACACUCCAUAGUACGAACCAUCCCACCUAACUAUACCUAAAUAAUUGGUGGUGGCUUGUCCUGAGGACUUCAACCACAUUAUCAUUGCUCAUCUUUUCAUAGGAAAAAAUCCCAAAUUACAUAUGUUUUUUUAAAAAAAAUUCUUAAAAUAUACAUGUUAUGAAAAAAAUUCCCAAUCUAUGCAUGUUUGGACCUUCACCAAGGUAAAGUAAGGCUGUGAUUGCAUCACCGCUGGAGAGAAGAGCGGUGAUUGAAUCACCACCGUAGAGGAAGGCGGUGAUUGCAUCACCGUAUGAGUUCCAUGUUACUAGUCAGUUAACCGUUUCACAGUCAAUAACAAACCUUUUAAUCUCCGAUUACUAAUUAGCUAAAGUUUGGUACCGGUAAUCGAUCAUUUACUGUUUAAUCAGUUAGCGAUGUAACUGUUAACUGUCAACUACCGGUUCAGUAAUCGAUUACACGGCAUGAUAAUCAUAAAAUUCUCCUAACUAAUGAACAAGAAAUUGAUCUAGUGGUAAUACUACUAGACUUGAGGUUCAAAUCAUUUACGCCCAAAAAGUAAAUCUAUUAUCAUCUUUAUAUAAUAAUUAAAUAGCCCAAGCCUUAAAUAUCAUACUUUUCUUCCCGCGAGGAUGGGCGCCCACUCCAUAGGGAGGAAGAAACGACGAAUAUGUGAUAGAUGAAUUAGUCGUGUAUGACAAUGUAGAACUUACUGUUACUGGUAUAGUUUAGUAACAUUGUCAAAUAGGGUGUUCAAACGGUGUGGUUACCAUGGUAACCGUUUUAAUCAGUACUAUUUGGAUAAUUUGAUUUGGUUAAUUUGGAUAAUUGGUUUGGUUUGGUUAAAGUUUUUACCUUGUUUGGUUUAGGUGGUUUGGUUUGGUUUCAGACACUCCUAACCAGCCAAACCAAAUUAACCAGAUAUACACUCCAUAGUCCAAGCCAUCCCACCUAACUAUACCUAAAUGAUUGGUGGUGGCUUGUCCUGAGGACUUCAACCACACUAUCAUUGCUCAUCUUUUCAUAGGAAAAAUCCCAAAUUACAUAUGUGUUAAAAAAAAAUAUCAAAAUACACACGUUAUGACAAAAUUUCCAAUCUAUGCAUGUUUGGGCCUUCACCACGGUAAAGUAAGGCUGUGAUUGCAUCACCGCUGGAGAGAAGAGCGGUGAUUGAAUCACCACGGUAGAGGAAGGCGGUGAUUGCAUCACCGCUGUUGAGAACGGCGGUGAAUGCAUCACCGCAUUACCCGACCGCGGUGAAUGCAUGACCUGCGUCAAAACUUUAAACAAAAGUAACUUUGUGCUUGGUUAUCCGAUCGUAGCAAAAAAAAAUUUGAUUCCGUAUAAAGUUACGUUUGUUUAAAGUUUCGACGCAGGUAAGACCUUCACCGCGGCCAGGUAACACGGUGAAGCAUUCACCGCGGCCAGGUAACAUGGUGAAGCAUUCACCGCCUUUCUCUAUAGCGAUGAUGCAAUCACCGCUUUCCUCUACAUCGGUGAUGCAAUCAGUGCCCAAUCACCGCCCUCCUCUCUUGCGGUGAUGCAAUCACCGCCUUUCUCUGGUGCGUUGAAUACCCAAACAUGCGUAGAUUGUGAAUUUUUUUCAUAACGUGUGUAUUUUGAGAAUUUUUUUUUUUUAAACAUGUGUAAUUUGGGAUUUUUUCCCCUCUUUUCAUACCUAUUGUCUGCAUUUUAAAAAAUCAUCUUUAGUUUUCAAUGAACCAACUAAAUAAGAGAAGAACGUACAUAUGAUAGGACUGUCAGUAGGUUCCCUUCAGUUAUAACCGUAAUCUUUAGUCGAUUAUCCGGUUAAUCAUUAACUAAUUUGUGUUACAAUUAACCACAAUUUAUAUUAGUCAGUUAUCUAUAAGUCUAAACUGUAUAGUUGGUUAUCAGUAAUUAUGUCGGUUAACCAGAUGGACGUCAAACAAGUGAUUCGACAAGUUUAGACCAAAAUACCUUAAUUAUUAGACCUCCUCCUUUUUUCAAAUUUUUUUUUAUUUUUCCUAUAUACGUAUGAGUUCCAUGUUACUAGUCAGUUAACCGUUUCACAGUCAAUAACAAACCUUUUAAUCUCCGAUUACUAAUUAGCUAAAUUUUGGUACCGGUAAUCGAUCAUUUACUGUUUAAUCAGUUAGCGAUGUAACUGUUAACUGUCAACUACCGGUUCAAUAAUCGAUUACACGGCAUGAUAAUCAUUAAAUUCUCCUAACUAAUGAACAAGAAAUUGAUCUAGUGGUAAUACUACUAGACUUGAGGUUCAAAUCAUUUAUGCCCAAAAAGUAAAUCUAUUAUCAUCUUUAUAUAAUAAUUAAAUAGCCCUAGCCAUAAAUAUCAUACUUUUCUUCCCGCGAGGAUGGGCGCCCGCUUCAUAGGGAGGAAGAAACGACGAAUAUGUGAUAGAUGAGUUAGUCGUGUAUGACAAUGUAGAACUUACUGUUACUGGUAUAGUUUAGUAACAUUGUGAAAUAGGGGUGUUCAAAAGGUGUGGUUACCAUGGUAACCAUUUUAAACAGUACUAUUUGGAUAAUUUGGUUUGGUUAAUUUGGAUAAUUGGUUUGGUUUGGUUAAAGUUUUUACCUUGUUUGGUUUAGGUGGUUUGGUUUGGUUUCAGACACUCCUAACCAGCCAAACCAAAUUAACCAGAUAAAUAAUUAGCCAUAUAUCUAAUAUAUACACAUACUUAAUACUUUGAAUAACCACUCAUGAGUUAAACGUUCAUUCUUUUAGACUCAUAAAAUACAAAGCUUGAUAUUGUUCAUAUAAUGUAUAUUUGUAUAUGUAGAGUGUGGACCACAACAUAUGAACGCCUAAUUUAGAUAAACCUCAUACAUUAUGUUGGAUGAAAACUUGAAAGCAAGGUCUUUUUCAGCCUAUGAAAAUUGCUAAAAGACUAAGUCAAUGCAAACAAACACAACAAUUCAUUAACCCAUACCAUUGUGAUAAAUUUUUGUUAGAUGAAUACUUCUAUACUAACCGUAAGAUAAUUGUCUUAGUUGCAUGUAUUUAUGUUAAGGGUCAAUUUUAACUAUGUGUUGAUUGUUAUGUUUUGUUCAUUAUAUAAAUUGUGAAUUGAUAAAUUAACCGAAAAUUUUCUCACUUAAAGAUAAUAUGAUUUUAUAUUGGUUAAUCUGGUUAACCACUUAACCAAACCGAUUAAACUUUAGUUUGGUUAAUUUGGUUGCUGUAUUAGUUUGGACGGUUUGGUUAUGAUAUUGUAUUCUAUGGUUAAUGAAAUUUAGCCUUAUUUGAUUUGGUAAUAACCAUGGUAACCAUUUGAACACCCCUAUUGUCAAAUACGAACGUGACGCAUUAGUAGUGUAUGACAAUAUAGAACUCGCUGACCCAUUAUCGAGUUAGGGUCCAGGGAUGAAGCACCCAGAUUAGAUUGUUAGAUCUGCAAAUGAAAAAAAAAAUAAAGUAAAAAAUAAUUUAUGAAUUUUUUUGGUUGUAGAAAGUGAUGUAGUGGAUACAUGAGAACUUGAGAAGAGAGAAAAUUUGAAAUGAUAGACUGUAAAUUGCCAUAUUUUAUAGAUAAUAUAAAAAGUGUUAACAGCCUAAUGGAUGGUUGAGUUGUGCCACAAUGUGCAUAUAUCUCAAAACUGCCAACAUGGUCUAAGACGUAUCAUUGUUGAUCACCUCUAUAAUGAUCUUUAAGUUUUUUUAUGAGCAUAAAGAAAAAUGAGCGGACCACCCUAAAUAUCCUCGGUUAAUCUUAUUGUUCACCCGCACAAUAAACUUUCUCGGUAAUACGGUUCAAAUUUAAUCAUUUCACUAUUAUCUUACGUGAUUAAGCAAAUAUCACAUUCAAAUAUUUUCUACCAUGUGCAACGAGACUAACUCUUAGAGGGUAAUUACUUUGAAUGAACCUUUACCCCUAUUUCUGAAGGAAAAUAUGGAGGGGAGGGAAAAUGUUGUUUUAUGGAGGAAAGUGAUAGACUGUAAAUUGCCAUAUUUUAUAGAUAAUAUAAAAAGUGUUAACACCCUAAUGGAUGGUUGAGUUGUGCCACAAUGUGCAUAUAUCUCAAAACUGCCAACAUGGUCUAAGACGUAUCAUUGUUGAUCACCUCUAGAAUGAUCUUUAAGUUGUUUUAUGAGCAUAAAGAAAAAAGAGCGGACCACCCUAAAUAUCCUCGGUUAAUCUUAUUGUUCACCCGCACAAUAAACUUUCUCGGUAAUACGGUUCAAAUUUAAUCAUUUCACUAUUAUCUUACGUGAUUAAGCAAAUAUCACAUUAAAAUAUUUUCUACCAUGUGCAACGAGACUAACUCUUAGAGGGUAAUUACUUUGAAUGAACCUUUACCCCUGUUUCUGAAGGAAAAUAUGGAGGGGAGGGAAAAUGUUGUUUUAUGGAGGAAAGUGAUAGACUGUAAAUUGCCAUAUUUUAUAGAUAAUAUAAAAAGUGUUAACACCCUAAUGGAUGGUUGAGUUGUGCCACAAUGUGCAUAUAUCUCAAAACUGCCAACAUGGUCUAAGACGUAUCAUUGUUGAUCACCUCUAGAAUGAUCUUUAAGUUGUCUUAUGAGCAUAAAGAAAAAUGAGCGGACCAUCCUAAAUAUCCUCGGUUAAUCUUAUUGUUCACCCGCACAAUAAACUUUCUCGGUAAUACGGUUCAAAUUUAAUCAUUUCACUAUUAUCUUACGUGAUUAAGCAAAUAUCACAUUCAAAUAUUUUCUACCAUGUGCAACGAGAAUAACUCUUAGAGGGUAAUUACUUUGAAUGAACCUUUACCCCUGUUUCUGAAGGAAAAUAUGGAGGGAAGGGAAAAUGUUGUUUUAUGGAGGAAAGUGAUAGAUUGUAAAUUGCCAUAUUUUAUUAGAUAAUAUAAAAAGUGUUAACAUCCUAAUUGAUGGUUGAGUUGUGCCACAAUGUGCAUAUAUCUCAAAACAGCCAACAUGGUCUAAGACGUAUCAUUGUUGAUCACCUCUAGAAUGAUCUUUAAGUUGUUUUAUGAGCAUAAAGAAAAAUGAGCGGACCACCCUAAAUAUCCUCGGUUAAUCUUAUUGUUCACCUGCACAAUAAACUUUCUCGGUAAUACGGUUCAAAUUUAAUCAUUUCACUAUUAUCUUACGUGAUUAAGCAAAUAUCACAUUCAAAUAUUUUCUACCAUGUGCAACGAGACUAACUCUUAGAGGGUAAUUACUUUGAAUGAACCUUUACCCCUGUUUCUGAAGGAAAAUAUGGAGGGGAGGGAAAAUGUUGUUUUAUGGAGGAAAGUGAUGGGGAAAAUGGGAGAGAAAAGGUAAAUUGAAAAGUGUGAUAAAAAUAUUAUUUUCUUCGUUAUGUAAUAUUGUAAUAAUUUAGUUAAGUGUUGAUAAUAUUUUUGCUACUUAUCGAUCUGUUGCGUUGAGGGAAUAAGUGACUACAUUACGGGGCAUUGAUACUCUGCUCGUCAUCCUUGAGAAGAUCGAUCCGUUGCGUUGACAAUUCAUGCCAUUUCCCUUCCUUUUUUUUCCCUCCCUUGACACUAUUCUUGGCUGUAUGAAUGAGGAAAACUCUUGGAACCCCCACUUUCCUCCCCUAUUUUCCCUUCCCCUAUUUUCCUCCUUAACACAGGGUUAGUAAACUAUACCUCAAUCAAUGUAAUUAUCUAGCAAUUAUACACACUUAUUCAAUUUUCAUAAAAUGAGCAUUAUUUUUCAAAAUCAACAAAAAGACCCUACCAGAAUAGGAAGUUUUGCUACCUCAUGGUGAAAGUAGGAAGAAACGGUACCCUUAAUAGUCCGGUCACUUAUACCCGCUGAGUAUGAAGUAAAAUGAGUCAACUACUAAGUUGAGCUAGCUAGUGGUCCACUCUCACCUACACCCUGAAAAUUAUGGGAUAUUUAUAAAGUAUAACUAAUUCUAAUAAUUCAUACGAAUUAUUCAAUCAAGAAUAUUAUCAAUAAUUCAUCUAAUAUCACAUCAUCAUCGUAUUAUCACGCAACAUGGAGUUUAUGCAACUGUAUGAUAUGUUGACUCUCAAGUUAUUAUUAUGAGGUGCCACAUGCCAUCAUACUCCAAUGGUAUGAUAUAUUGACUCUCAAGAAACACAAAAGAUUCAAACUCAAAAUUCAUCUACCAAGAUUCUUUAAGACCACAUAUAAGAUCAUUCUAGUUUAAUAAAGACCCAACAAAAUUGCAGGUUGACUCAUAAACCCUUCCUAAUUCGACAUUGCUUUUCACUUAUGCACCCUUGUUGUACAAAGUAAACAUCAACUGUGGGGGUGUAUAAGUUUGGAUCCUAGGGAUGGUAAGAAAUGUUCAUUUCAUUAAUUGAUAAUGUAUAAAAAUGUGUUUGGCAUGGUUUCGUAUCGUUUGUUCUUUUGUGUAGGGAUCCUUCUAAGGGUUAAUCCUUUGAUGAGGGGAGAGUUCCAAUGCUCCCUUUCUGGAAGUGGUACGACCAUACGAGCAUCAAACUUCCAAACAUUGGAGAGCCCGGACCACUAAGAACUCUGCAUAAUGAAUCAAGCCUCAAACACAACUACACCAUGAGCAAGAAUACCAACAACAACUAGAAGUGUCACCUAGAGGUUGAAAGACCUACUCCAAGAGACAAACUCUUGGCUUUGCAAGGGCCAUUCUCUAUCCUUUAUCUUUUAUUUUUAAUAAAUAAAUAUUUUGGGUGUGUUCUUUGCCUUUUAUUUCUUUUCUUAGGUAUGAUAUCUCAAGGAUGAAACUAACCCACCCUACCCUUCAAUCUCACAAUCACAUCGAUCAAACAUUUUGGUAACUUUGUUCUCAUAUCCUCUUACCCUUCUCACAUUGAGGAAAAUGUGUUCCUUUAGUAUGGAAGGUUGUGCAUGAAUGCUUGUUUGGAAUGUUGUUAUUGAUUGUGCUCGCUUAUGCUAUGAAUGUUGGAACAAGAGAGUGUGCUUUUAUAGUGAUUAUGGAUGAUGAAUUAGCACAAUUCGACCACUUGGAUCCUUGUAUGCAUGCCAUUUCAAUCUUAAGGGCUCCAAGUUGGCUCCUCUGCUUGCAAUGCGAUUACUUGCUUUGGGUCGUUAAAUCUUGCUCCCCAUUGUCUUGACCAAUGUUGAGGAUCGUAGUGCGUGGGAUGUCUUGAGUAGAAGUGGUUUUGUUUGAUUUCUUAAUGUAGGUGAGUAUGUAUGUUUUAAGAAUGAUUUGUGAUAGGUUUGAAUCUGAGCGAACCCUAUUUCUCUUGGCUAGGCCAUCAGAAAGGUGCUCAUUUAUUUGCUUUCUAGCGUACAAAAGUGGGGUGUAGCGUCUAAUGCAACAUGUUGUGGCAACGUGUUCUAGAGUAAUGGGAGUGCCUUUUGGGACAAUGUGCAUGGGAGAUCAGAUGUUUUGGCCGUGUCCAUUUCCAUCUUUUCACUAUUUUUAUAACCUCGUGUAUGUCGCCUCAUGGGCCAAGGUAUAGGUAGGAGAAUUUAUCCUUACUUGCCCUGCUAACAAGCACACAAUAAUAAGUGUCUAAGUGCAUUUACUCAUUUUAAGAUGAAUGACUACCCGAAUAAAAACCCCCCAAAGCGAGACUCUAGAUAGGAAUAAAAGGUUUCCGAGAAAGUGUAUAAAAGAAUAGUGAGUGCACCGGUCCUUGCACCUACCUUUGAGAGCUUUGUUUUACACCUUGUACCUAUCACAGUCAUUUGAGAACAUUCAUGUCAAACUUUCCUGAGUGAAUCAAGCAAGAUCAUGUAGAAUUAGGACAACCCUAGUCACUAAAAACCCGACUCCUACGAAACACCAUAAGUGUGGAUGGAUUUAGAUGCCUCGAGUUGCAUGAUUUAAUCGUAUAUUUUCUUGGGGACAAUCAAACACCUAAGUGCGUGGGAAUUGAUAACACCUAAAAUAGGUGUUAUUUGGUCCUCAUUCUCAAGGCAUUUUCACGAUAAAUUACCGUAUCUAGACCACAUAUCAAGUUAGUUUAAGCAUAUUUUUGCUCCUAUUUGCAAAACACUCAUUUUGGUAUGUGUUAGCUUGAUAUGAAGGUUUUCAUGGGAAAAUUGACCCCACUUUGUCGUAUUUUAUGCUUUUCUAGUGUUUUUUAUAAAAUUUCAGGACUUGAAGCCAUCUACGAUUGAUCAGCAAUUGCUUGGAUUUUAUCCUAGCACGAUUGGGAAGCAUAGUAGCAAGAAGGGGUGAAAAAACACAGGUCAUAGCCAUGUCACGGCCCUUGACCAGUCUAAGACCAUGUUUGCGGGCUUGACCAUUACGGCCGUGAACAGUGGUCUAGAACUUCAAUAAGAAGCCUACAAAAGAUCGUGACACAAAAGAUCGCAGCUGUGAUCUCACGAAGGAGGCCAAGAUCUUGGAACUUGAAGACAAAAUGAAAACGGGAAGUUUUGGGUGAUUCAACGACGUUCCAAGCUGGUCCCGGCUCGGUCACGCCCAUUUCACGACCUGGUCAUGCCCAUGUCACGGCCGUGACUAUCGAGUCACGCCCAUGAGGUUGUGAUCUGCACUAGCACUCUAUAAAUACUCCCUUUUUGC